CUUCCUUCCGUAAAAAAAAAAGAAUCCCCUCUUCCUCUGCAAACUCGAGUAGACGGUCCCGCACGCUUUCGGUCCAUGUCCAAGCCCUAGCGGCCGCCCCCCUCCUCCACUCCACAUCGCCUCCACUCGAUUCCACCCGCUUCUCUCCCCUGCCUUGCGCGCAUCGCAACUCGCAGACCCUAGCUAGGGUUUCGUCUCACCGCGGCUUCUCUAGGUUGGCUCCCCGCGCUUCUGUCGCGCCGGAAUCAAUAGGAUACACCAAAAGGUACCUACACCCCAAAAUUUGAAAGAUACCAAGAAUUUGAAGGAAAACACCAGUGCUGAAUUCUGGAGAUGGACCGUGGGCGUUAUGCUCCACAGCAUGGAUGGGAGAACAACAGUGCAGCCGAUGGGUAUGGUGUCAUUAAUGAGCCUGACUUUAGGGCUGAUGGAUCCUACAUUGGUAGGAGAUAUGUGGACGAAGGUUUUCCUAAUGAUCGAAGGGGUGCAAUUUGUCAUGAUCUACAUGAUAGAAAUAUGUAUCCACCACCACCCUCUGCUGGCACCAUGUGGUCUCAGCCUCGAAGAAACUUUGAUGAGGAAUUUGCGACCGCCAAAGAUUACAGAAGGAACAAAAGGAUUGGAAGUAGAGAUCGUGGGGAGUUUGGUGCUGAGUUUGAAGACCGUUACCAGAGUUCUCACCAAAGCAGAGAGGACAGCUAUGAAAGAGAUCAUCAGUAUGGGCGUUACAGCUGUGAUUCAGACUAUGAAAGGGGCAGGAGAGAUAGUAGUUGGAGAAGGCAUGAUUCGUUUGAGCAUGACCGUGAAAGGAAAGGCUUAAGCCAUGAAAGAGACGCAAGCCCUUAUGGACGCCAUAGCCGUUCUCGAUCGCGUGGACGUGAUGACCGAUCAAGAUCUCGGUCAAGAUCAAGGUCUCCACGUGGCAAAAGUCGUAGUCGGAGCCAAAGAGAUGGCUUUUAUGAUGAUAAUCGCUUUGACAGAAGAAGGGACCAAGACUGGGAUGAAAGACGGCAUGAUGAUUUAGUGGCACCAUCUGCGACUGUUGUUGUUAAGGGUCUGUCCCAGAAGACCAGUGAAGAUGACCUAUAUCAGAUUCUUGCUGAGUGGGGUCCUCUUCGUAGUGUGCGCGUGAUCAAGGAACGUACUUCUGGCAUGUCUCGGGGAUUUGCUUUUAUUGACUUCCCUACUGUGGAAGCUGCCCGCAAAAUGAUGGAAGGUACUGGAGACAAUGGCCUCCUAAUUGAUGGUAGGCAGGUUUUUUUCAUGUACAGUAGUAAGCCAACUGGUGGGAUGGUUGGUGAUUCUCUUGGAGAAGAGCAGUUUACAAGACGCAGGACCAUCACUGCACCAUGUGAUUGGAUAUGUACUAUAUGUGGCUGUAUGAACUUUGCCCGCAGAACCUCCUGUUUUCAGUGCAAUGAGCCACGUACGGACGAUGCUCCACCAGCAGAUGCAACAUCCUCUACUCAACUGUUUGGGAAACGUGGAUCUGAACAGGGUCCAACUCAUGUAUUAGUUGUUCGUGGUCUCGAUGAAAAUGCUGAUGAGGAAAUGCUUCGAUAUGAAUUUGCUAAGCAUGCACCAAUAAAGGAUAUCCGGCUUGUUAGGGACAAAUUUACUCAUGUGUCUAGAGGUUUUGCAUUCGUUCAUUUUCAUUCGGUGGAAGAUGCUACGAAAGCUCUUGAAGCAACGAAUGGGAUUAGACAUGAGAAAAAUGGUCAGGUGUUACGUGUAGCCUAUGCUAAAAGCACACAUGGACCUGUAUCGGGGGUUUCACAGUCAAACAGCCUUGCCGCAGCUGCCAUUGAGGCUGCAUCAUUUGCCCAGCAGUAUGAUGCAGUAGGUUGGGCCCCAAAAGAGUACAAUGCCGAGGACAAUCUGAAUGGCAAUUCAGAAUUUCAAAAAGAUGCUUCUGCUCCACAGUCAGGAUUUGUUUGGGAUGAAAAAUCGGGUUACUACUUUGAUUCUUCCUCUGGAUUCUAUUAUGAUGGAAAUACUGGCCUUUACUAUGACAGUAAUGUUGGAGUUUGGUAUUCCUAUGAUCAAAAAAGUCAACAGUAUGUUCCGUGCAAUGAAAGCAACAGCAAGUCAACUGGGGACAUGGCCAAUGGAAGUCUGAAAAUCUCAGAAAGUAAUAGUACUAAAAAAGUGGUCAUUUCUGCACCUGCAGCCACGGUUAAACAGAGUGAGAAAACUUCAUUGCAUGAGGCUGUUCAAGCUGCUGCCAAUGCAGCACUGGCUGCCGAAAAGAAAGAAAAGGAGAAAGCAAAGGAGAUUAAGUUGGCCUCAAAAACUAGUCUUUUAGCUAAUAAGAAGAAGAUGAACAAUGUCCUUGCAUUGUGGAAGCAGAGGAAUCAAGAAGGUCAACCUGCACAUGUUGCCCUUGAUAACAAGGAACAAUCCAGCUCCGUUGUUGAUAAAUUAAACAAUUCAACCAGUGGGUUUGGAUUCUCAUUGAAAGCCAAGCUAAAGUCUGAUUUUGGAAGUGCCAAGGAUAUGAACUUGACUGCUGGCCAUAAUUCUCUUGGUCGAGGAACUGCAGACACUCAAAUGCUGGAUUCUGACAUUAAGCCUAGACCUGUCAGUAAUAGUUUAGGAACAACAAUUAUGGGUGUCAUAAGAGGUUCGGGCAGAGGAGCAAUCAAGUCGGACACCACAUUUCAUGCAUCAUCUGAUGUUGGUGCCAGUGAUUCUUCCUCCACUAUAAUCGCAAGCACAAGUGGGUUAUUGACAAAUGCUGAGACACAUACUGCUUCUACACCCUUCAAAACAGAUUUAUCCUCUCUAGGUUCCUAUGCUUCAUCUGGAGUUUCUGGGAGCGCUAAACGUCGGUUUUCCGAGGCACCAGGACAAUCACAAUACAGAGAUCGUGCUGCAGAAAGGCGAAGUCUAUAUGGUUCAUCUUCAUCGCUUGGGAGUGAUAAUGGUGGAUUGGAUUCAACUGGUGACUACCCAUCUCGAAAGGGUUCAAGUGAGAUGGGAUCAAUGCCAUUUCCUCCAGGGGUGGGUGAACGUUCUAGUGGUGAAAUUGACGACAAUGAAAAUUAUGAGGUGAUCACUGCCGAUAGAGCAAUUGAUGAAAACAAUGUGGGCAAUCGUAUUCUACGCAAUAUGGGUUGGCAAGAAGGACUGGGUCUGGGAAAGGAUGGUAGUGGCAUCAAGGAGCCGGUGCAGGCGAAGUCUGGCGACGUGAGAGCUGGGCUUGGUAGUCAGCAGAAGAAAGCUGAUCCAUCACUGGAGGCUCGAGCUGGUGAUAGUUAUAAAACCAUCAUUCAGAAGAAGGCCAUUGCAAGAUUCAGGGAGAUGUCCUAACUGAUAUUCUUAAUUCGCUGUUCUGUACAUGUAGUUGGGCGACUCAUUUUAUUUGUCUUAGAACCUGUAAGAUUGCACAUUUUCAUUGUUAAAUUUCCGUCAGGUAUUUCCAAAUUUCUAUUCCAGUCUUUGAGACAGCACCCACCUUUCUUUUUUGCCGAACUUUUCUGGCUGCAAAGUAAACCCCGAGUACCCAGAUGAGAUGUGUCAUGUUGUUCAUAACUA